AGGAGCCAUGGCUGGGAGAGAAUACUUGCUGCUCAGACUGCAGCCCAGUGACCUGACCUGUGUUAUCUGCCAUGAUUACUAUAAGCACCCCACCACCCUGCAAUGUGGGCACACCUUCUGCAAAGUCUGCCUUGAGAAAUUCUGGAAUAAUAAAAACAGCUUCAAAUGCUCAGUGUGCCAGGCUGUCUUCCGGGAAAAGCCAGACUUUAAGAAGAACACGUGUUUGGCCUCCAUCCUGGAUUCCCUGGAAGCCCAGAACAGCACCAGCCACCAUGACUGUACCUCCUGCACUGGACCUGGGGCAGUCAACCUGUGUCUGCCCUGUAUGACUCCCCUGUGCAGAGACCAUGUGUUACUGCACAGCGAAGACACGCCUCAACAGCGACAUCUGCUGGUGAACCUGCUAACUGACGAUUCGACCUGGCUAUGCAGGCACCACGAGCAAGGGCUGAAGUAUUUCUGUUUGACUCAUGGCUCCCCCUUGUGUCCAAACUGCAAAGAGCAACAUGAAGCUUGCAAACCAGCUCUCCUUCUUCAAUUGUACAUUGAAAACAAGGAUAAGAUUCAGAAGAUGAUUGGUGAAUUGAGUAAGGAUAUCACAUGUAGAGAAAAGGACGUGACCAUUUUGAAGAAUACUUAUCAAGAGAUCCAGAUAUUAGUUUGUGACAUCAAAGACAACCUCACCAGGGACUUCAGAGAGAUGCGAGAUUAUAUAGAAAAACAGGAGAGAGCAUCAUUUUGGAGAAUAAAACAGGAACAGGAAGCAGCACAGAGGAAAAUGCUUGAAGGGAUUACCCCAACUAACGCCGAGAUUGACAGGCUGAAGGAGAUAAAAGCAGGGCUUGAAAACACAAUAAACAAUGACUGGAUACAGGUGCUCAUGGGAGGUCCGAAUGGCUUAUGGGAUGCAGCAAAAGACACCACCAUCUACAACCCAUCUCCUGUUAUUACCUCUGGAAGUAUGUUUAAUGAAAACAAGAUCGUAGAUACUACAUCUGCAAUAUCACAAAUUAAAGAGAGCCUUAUGGCGCACCCUCUGCUAGAGCAGAUUCCAUGUCCUCCUAAACAAGUGUUUGAAGAUACCGUUGACAUAGAGAGUGUGCCAUCUACCUCUGCCUCUACUGCUGCUGUGUCCCAAACAGUAAGAUCUACAGAAAUAAACCAGAAUCCAUUUUUAAAGUGGGCAUGCAACAUAUCGUUUGAUCCACAAACGCUGAACAAGCGCUUAUCUCUGUCACCCGAUUUUAAGACAGUCACAGUGUCAAAUAAAACAUUUCUGUACCCCAAUAACCCCAGGAGAUUCUCCCCUUGUCAGGUUCUGUGCUCUGAAGGUUUUUCCACUAAGUGCUGGUAUUGGGAGAUUAAUACCGAAUCUAGCAAUGGCUGGGCAAUUGGACUAGCAUGUGGAGAGAUUUGCAAUAAUGACCAACUUGGCCAGAAUGACCUCUCCUGCUGUGUGGAAUGGAGAAAGGAACGGCUAUCAGCAUGGCACAGGAAGGAAGAUAUCACCAUCCAUUUGCCGAAACCAGGCAUUGUCGGCACUUUCCUUAAUUGUGAGGAGAAGACGGUUUCAUUUUACUCAAUUACUGAUGGUUCCCAAGACUUGCUACAUUCGUACAAAAUCCACUUCAAAACUGUGGUCUUUCCUGCAGUCUGGCUGUAUGGUCUCAAAGAAGGGAACUCUUUAACUAUAAAUAACAUAACUAGGGUUUAAUUUGUCAGCGUCUUAGCUCUGAGUUUCCCCACACACAGAUACAGCUACCAGGGUUUGUUCACUAGACAUGGAAUUGUGAAAAUUGAUCAGAAAUUUGCACAUUUUAAGGCCAAUACAGCUGAGAUAGAAAUAUUCUCCAACUCAGAUGUUUCUGUUUGGCUACAUUUGGACUAGGUUGUGAAAGCGGCAUGAAAUAGCGUUUGUUCUUAAAGAAUUACUCCAAGCACCAUGACCACUUUAGUGAUUUGAAGUGGUUAUUGUUCCUGGAGUCUUAAUGUGCAACAUUACACUGUGAAAUGCUGCACAAGGCGACUUUAAAUAAUUUGCUGUCAGAAAUAUAACUCCACCUUCAGCAUCUUCAUGGGCGUCAUCAACCAGUCCGGAAGAGUUCUUGCCUGGCUAAUAUCAAUUCUGUGUCAGUGAAUGAGCGGCAGGAACACCAUCUGGCUUCGGCAAUUCGGCAGAAGUCGGAUGUAUACCAACUUCCAGAGGAGACCUGGCACCAUGCAGAACCCAGUGGCAUGUAUUGGUUAUAAUGAUUUAGGUAACUCUUUAAAAGGACACUCUAGACCCAUAAAGCACUUCAGCUUGCUUGUGUGUCCCCUUUUUUCAUUUUUCAAAAAUGCAGAUUUCAAUAGAAAUUGACACUUUUAUAAAUUAACCUGGUUACAUGCUCUGGCUGUCAGUCACACAACCGGUCCUGUAUUUCCUCGUUUGGUUUGCUCAGUGGAGCUAAACUCAAGAGGCAGCAAUUGCCCAGAGCACCUGCCUUGCAAAGACUUCUCAUUGAGCUGCAUUGGGAAGCCUGUGAUUGGACAGCCACAGAAAGUCUGAGCUGGGGAAAAGGGGAGGGCUUUCAAAAGGCUACAGACAAGAAAUCUGCAGCUUUUGCAAGUUGUUUAUAAAUAUACACCCCCCAAAAAAACCCACAUACUUACCUUUACAUUGGGGAUAUAUCUAAACUGUUUAUUUUAUUUGGGCAGUAGAUUGUAUCUUAUAAUAGACCAAGGUGUUUUGGGGUAUUGUGUUGUUGUUUUUUUGCAACCACAAUUGUUUCUUCUAAAUUGAUUUCUUUCAGUUUGUACUAUACUUUUAUGUGGAACAAUAUAAAAUGCUUUUAGAAAAACCCAAAUAGAUCAGAAACAAACUCCUCAGUAGUUUGAAUUGAUGUAUCCUUUAUAAGACCAUAUUGUAUUCCACUGUUGAUACCUUUAAAUGUUUUUUCCUAAAUAUAGUCUCUCUGAUACUCUCAAUUUUCUUUUUUUGAAAACGAAAUACAUACAUACAAAAAAAAAAAUGGUUACUUACCAGGUUUUCUAAUAUUCUAUUUACUGAGCCCCUAUAUUUAGCAAAUAUGUUUUUG